AUGGGCAAUAAUCAGGGUGGACUUCAUAAACGGGAACGUGCCCUUGACGGACAGCAACGUUCACGACAGUGGGUAACAGCUGGUAGUAUUGCUGGUGGUAGUGGUACAUCCGGUCAUAUAAUGGGUGCUGCUGGUACAACGGAAGAUGGAUGUCCUGUACAGGUAAAAAUUGCGAAAAGUGACGGGUCUGUUUCAACACCAAGUAUACAAUUUUCGGAAGCAAAUGAAUAUCCGGUGGUUUUUAAAUGGCAAGGUGGUAGUCAGGCGGGUGGUGUUUAUAUAUCCGGUUCUUGGGAUGGUUGGAAAAAAAUGACACCAUUAUGCAGAUCUACUCAGGAUUUUUCGACUAUCAUUAAUCUGAAUCCUGGGAAACAUGAAUACAAAUUUUUUAUCGAUGGAAAAUGGGUAGUUGACGAAAAUGCAGCAAAAACAGACAAUAAGUUUGGAAGCCAAAAUAAUGUCAUUGCAAUUGAUGAAGCUGAUUUUGAAGUGUUCGAUGCACUUGAUCGUGAUUUAGCAUCAUCAAAUGCUGGAGAAGCGAUGAGGAAGGUGAAUAUGACUGGUGCACCACCAUCUUCACAUGAUACACCAAAUGAACGCGAAAUUGAGAAGUUGAAAAAUUUUACUCAAGAAAUACCAGAUCGUAGAGAGUUUGAAAAAGCUCAAAAUCCACCAGUUUUGCCACCUCAUCUUUUACAGGUGAUUCUCAAUAAAGACACACCGAUGCAGUGUGAUCCAAAUGUACUACCGGAACCAAACCAUGUAAUGCUUAAUCAUCUUUAUGCACUAUCAAUUAAGGAUGGUGUUAUGGUACUUUCUGCAACACAUCGUUAUCGUAAAAAAUAUGUGACAACGCUACUUUAUAAACCAAUUUAA